CUCUAUGUGCACGAGCGCCGCAGAGACUGCCCCUCCCCUCGCGACUGUCGUGAAAGCUGGUGGUGCGCGUGAGGGCAGCGCUGCCGUAAAAGGCCUGCAAGGACAGCCAUGCCAGUUCUUGAUCUCCAGAACCAGCUGGGCAUUGACAUUGACAGAUGGCUUAUCUUAGGGAGCUCCAAGCAGCCCUACAAGCGGGCCAGUUUGUGCCAUGCCUUUGAGAAGGAGUGGCUGGAGUGUGCUGACGGCAUUGGGAGCAUACGAGCAAAGAAGGAAUGCCAGCAGGAGAUGGAGGACCUUGUGGAAUGUCUAACCAAGCGGAAAAUGGUAAAGCGAUUGAUGGCUGUCUCCGAACAAAAGAAGAAGCUGAUGAAGGAGGGGAAAUACACCCCUCCUGACUACCAUUCUGGGAAAACUGAGACCAAGCCCUGAAGCCGGCAGAGUAGGAAGCACUUCUCAGUCUCUCUUUUUUUAAGAGUUCUGUCACUGAUGUAUCAAGACCAACAUGCGGUUGGGUUGGAGCUCAUCGGCUUUUGCCAUUUUCUUGUAGCUGGUCUCGUGUGGGCCAAGUGAAUAAAAAUCCCUCUUUGGGUUUUGAAUGUU